AUGGCUUUAAUAAAAAUCGUACUUCUCUUCGCACUGUUCGCUGUUAUAUCAGCGAGCAAACUGUGUUCGACAUCUGAAGACAAAAUAGAAAAGGACAUGGAGGAUUUCAGAGAAUUCCUAUCACCGAAACCAGAAAUUGAGCAAAAAUAUCCCGUUGUUCCUGGGGAAAUAUCGCCAUUAGUCCCGUGCCAGACUAAAAUGAGUCAAAUGAAACGAGAAAAAAGAAAAAUUAUAAGGCAUGCAUUCAUCCCUCCAUAUCUAAGCAGGCUUGGAAACGACAAUAUAAGAAACAAGUGCCCUAUUGGUUAUGUAAGGAUAGCAUAUAAAUGCCUUCCAGAAAUGUAUAAG